UUACAAUAAUACACUUGUCACCACCACAGUCCGCAAAAGAAAUUGACUCACCAAACUAACCGAAUUAGUAGUAACACAGAGGCAUUGCUAUUGCUAUCGCUAUGCUAUCUUGUUCUUAUCGGUCGUCAAUCCACAACAGUUUCUUCUCCAAAGCUCUAUUUAUCAAACCCAAUUAUAAUUAUAAUUACAAUAAGCUCUGCAUCAUCAUCAGAAGUAGUAUGAACAUGAAUUCACAUGCGUUUGCGGGGAACCCUAUAAAAUCAAGAACCCCGAAACCACGUGAACCCGUCUCCCCUCAAUCUGCACUCAAAACUCUCAGGACUCUGCUCUCCACCAAUUCCCAAAUAAUAUCUGAUGAUGAUUUUUUCAAGAUUUUGCCUUUCAGAAAGGGGAAGCCUUUGACUGGUUCGACGACGAUAGGGCUAAAGUGGCAUCUGGGUUGGUUGAGUCUGUCCGAUUGCAAAUCUUACUUGGAGAAAUCUCAAGUGGUUCUUACAGACGAUUCUCUUGUUUAUCUGGGUUCUCAAAAUGAGAAUGGCGUUGAUUUUGUGUAUUGGGGUAUCGACGUGUCAGAUGCAAGUGGGUUGGUGGAUGAAUUGGGAGCUAGACAGUUUUGCUUUGUCGAGUUGAGGACUCUUAUGGUCGCCACUGAUUGGUCCGAUUCUAAAGCCAUGUCCCAACUCGCCAUUGCUGGCCAUGGCAGAGCUUUGGUGGAAUGGCAUAAUACGGCACGUUUUUGUGGUUAUUGUGGAUCUAAGACUGUCCCUAUUGAAGCUGGUAGGCGCAAACAAUGUUCGAAUGACUUGUGCAACAAGAGGAUUUAUCCUCGUGUUGAUCCAGUGGUUAUUAUGUUAGUUAUAGAUAAAGAGAAUGACCGGGCAUUACUAGGUAGGCAGUCAAGAUUUGUGCCUCGCAUGUGGAGUUGCCUUGCUGGCUUUAUUGAGCCAGGAGAAAGCUUGGAAGAGGCAGUGAGGAGAGAAACAUGGGAGGAGACCGGCAUUGAAGUUGGUGAAGUUGUCUAUCACAGUUCUCAGCCAUGGCCGGUUGGACCGAGCAGCAUGCCAUGUCAGCUAAUGAUUGGGUUCUUUGCAUAUGCUAAAACACUUGAGAUAACUGUGGACAAGGAAGAACUAGAAGAUGCAAAAUGGCAUAACAGAGAAGAUGUAAAGAAAGCUCUGACAUUUGCCGAAUACAAAAAGGCACAGAUGACAACAGCAGCUAAAGUAGAGCAAAUGUGCAAAGGUGUCGGGAAAGGCCAAAACUUGUCUUCAGAUUUCAAUGUCGAAAGUGGGGAACUUGCUUCGAUGUUUAUACCUGCUCCUUUCGCAAUUGCUCACCAUCUCAUCUCUUCUUGGGUCAAUCACGACCAACCCCACCCGAAACAACCCACCACAGGUAUUUGAUUCCUCAGAGGCAUUACACUUACAUGUUCGUUGAGAAUCCAACUUGGGUGGUGAAAUCUAGUUUGAGUUCCGAGAAUAUAGGCUAUUGCAAAGUUUGGUACUAAAUCUGCACAAGUUUUCGACAAGUCUGCUUGGCUGAGCCUUUGGAGAAUUAUAUUGAUUCGCAUGUCUAGUAAAUAAAAAUGUAUUACUACAAUCAAUACUAAUGUUGUACCAGAAGAGCUGACUUAUUCGAGUUAUGUACAAUCUUUCAAUGUAUCCCUUUGUUUGGUGAAAACUUUAUGUAUAUAUAAGGAUUUUUUCAUGCAAAAUGGUUGGCUUGAGCGGAGAAUUUGUUGCAACUUCGAAUUGCUCUCGUCAAUGUAUCGGUUAGUUCUUA